UUCGGUUUGUUAGCGGGAGGUUUGGCCGAUUUCAGCACCGGAGCUGUCCAACGCUGACUGAUGCUGCCGCCGCGCGCCACAGAGGUGAUGCUGCGCGCGAGCUGCUGACACCCCCCCUCCUCCCCCCGCCCUUCCACCCGCCCCUCUCUCUCUCCGUCUCUCUGUCCUCCCUCUCCCUGCAUCCUUCCCCUCCUCGCCUCUCUCCUCUCAUCCACACGCACUAAACGCUCUGUCAUGGCGUCUUCCAACCAUGUUACCCCCACCAACUGUAGCUGGUGGCCCAUCUCAGCCAUGGAGGAGGACGGCAAAGUGGCGGACGGUGAGGAGUGCGAGGAGCCCACGGCGGAGUCCAAACCCUUUAACAAAGACAGGCUGGUUCUGUAUCACUGGACGCAGUCCUUCGCCUCACAGAAGGUACGUCUAGUGAUCCAUGAGAAGGGGCUGGUGUGUGAUGAGAGGGAUGUGAGUUUGCCGCUGCAGGAGCACAAGGAGCCGUGGUUCAUGAGACUGAACCUGGGAGAGGAGGUCCCCGUCUUCCUCCACGGAGACACCAUCAUCAGUGACUACAACCAGAUCAUAGACUACAUGGAGAAAAACUUUGCAGGCGAGACAGUUGCUCAGCUGAUUCCUGAUCCAGACUCGCCUCCCUACGAGCGCGUGCAGCAGUACCGCCAGCUCCUUGAUGGCCUGCCCAUGGAUGCCUACACGCAUGGCUGCAUCCUCCAUCCAGAGCUCACCACCGACUCUAUGAUCCCAAAGUACGCCACCGCAGAAAUACGUAGACACUUGGCUAAUGCAGCGACCGAGCUCAUGAAGCUGGACCACGAAGAACCUCAGCUGACAGAACCCUACCUGUCCAAGCAGAAAAAGCUAAUGGCAAAAAUCUUAGACCAUGAUAAUGUGAACUACUUGAAGAAGAUCCUGGGGGAGCUAGCCAUGGUUCUGGACCAGGUGGAGGCGGAGCUUGAGAAAAGAAAACUAGAGUAUCAAGGUCAAAAGUGCGAGCUGUGGCUUUGUGGACCUGAAUUUACACUAGCUGAUAUCUGCCUUGGAGCCUUGUUGCACAGGCUCAAGUUCUUGGGACUUUCUAGGAAAUACUGGGAGGACGGCAGCCGGCCCAACCUGCAGUCCUUCUUCGUGCGCGUGCAAAAACGCUACGCUUUUCGAAAGGUCUUGGGCGACAUCCACACGACUCUCCUGUCAGCAGUCCUACCCAACGCCUUCCGAAUGGUAAAAAAGAAGCCGCCAUCUUUCUUCGGGGCUUCGUUUCUCAUGGGCUCAUUGGGAGGGAUGGGCUACUUUGCCUACUGGUUUUUAAAAAAGAAAUAUAUGUAGUGAAUGCCCUGUUGUUGUGUUAAAUGUCUGUGUAUUUGUGUGAUGCUUCAACUUUUCUGUAACGUUUUAUGACUGCAGGAAAAUAUAAUGAAUCUAUAUAGAGAACACUAUUAAAUACCUAGAUACACAAAGAAGUAUGAAAACAUUCCAUAGUAUGAACUGACUGACAGCACAUUAUCAAGGCCUUUGUUCCUGUUUUUUUUUUCUGAAUCUUGCUGCUUUUUCGCAUGCAAGACCUCAUGUUUUUAUUUAUUCUGCUUUAUGUGUUGUUUUUUAGAUUGAUCAUUUUCACAUUAAAACAGAAACCCAGACCAAACAUUGGGCGUAAUCAGCCUUCGCAUGUCACCAUGACAUCCGAUAAAAUCACUCCUCCAUCCCACAGAGGCUCUAAUGCUACGUUCAGACCGCACGCUGCAGAGGCUGCAGAAGCAUCUGGUUUACAGGCAAAAUCAAUGGCUGACGCACAUCAAGGUGCAGGAAAAGGUCAUUCAGUACGUUUUGAG